AUGCUUACACAGCUUCUUGCAGUAGGGCUUCUGAGCCUCGCGAAGCCCGCCCGAGCAAGCUAUGGAUUUUACGUCGGAAAGAACCUAACGCAGGAUGGCAGUGUUAUGCUGGGUGGCACCGGAGAAGAAGUGUCCUCGCACUGGCUUCAGAUCUUCCCAGCAAAAGAUCACGCCCCGAAUGCGACAAUCACAGUUGGAGUUACCGAAGACGCAUCGAUGCCUGGAAAACUGAUGAACAUCUCCCAAGUGCCGCACACAUUCCGCUAUCUUUCGAUGGAAUACUCCGACUUCGAGGGCUUCCCACCUCCACUGACGAAUGGUGGUGUGAAUGAGAAGGGCGUCGCUGUUAGGGACAUCUGGGCACAAAACCGAGAUGAUCUUAUUGCCAUGACGCCAAACCCUCAGACAGGUUUACAAUACUCCGACCUAGCUCGUAUUGUUAUGGAACGCGCGAGCACCGCCCGCGAAGGUGUUGAGCUCAUUGGCCAGAUGAUUGCAGAAUACGGAUAUGCCGAUUAUGGAGGUAACUCGCAUCUCAUCGCAGAUGCGAACGAAGGCUGGGUUGUAUGGCAGAUGUCAGGAGGCAAGAACCUUUGGGCUGCAGAACGUCUCGGCGAAAACGACGUACGUGUGCUUUACCCAGGUUACAUUGAGGAAUUCCCGGUCGAUUUCGAAAACAGUACAGACUACAUGGGUAGCCCGAACAUCGUGAGCUUUGCCGUCGAACAGGGCUGGUGGAAUCCGAACGGCACCGAGCCGUUCAACAUCUUCAAUGCGUAUGCCUACCAAGCGGAGGGAUACACUGCGCGAGACGGAGGUGCGAAGUACAUGUCUCAAGCGGCUCUUGAGAACGCCACCCGCGCAAUGGCUCCGGUGACCGAGAAAGACCUGAUCGAGCGCGUUCGCGACUACCGUAUUUCAGAUGAUGAAGCCGGAUAUGGCCAAGUAGUGUCUCUUCGCGCAGACAUGGACCCGGAUCUGAUUCGCAUCUGGGUCGCUCCAACCGGAUCUGUGACGGCACCCUUCAACCCGUGGUGGCUGGGUGUGAAGAGCGUGCCACCUGAGUACGGCCUCCAUCGCUAUCUCUACAAAGAUGCCGCAUCCACCUUCUUAGAUACCGACUACCAAUACCAAGAAGCCACGCACUUCGCCGGACGCAUCUUCAAGCAGGUCCUCUACUACACUUGCUCAGAUCCGGAGUCAUACCUACCCAUCGUCCAAAACAUGCUCCACGGAUUUGAGAACGCGUCAUUCGCAGACAUGGAGUGGGUUGAGCGCAGCGCUAAGACUUUGGUGGACAACGGAAUGCGGGAAGAUGCGCUAGAGCUUCUGACUUUCUAUUCGCAUACUAGGGCUGAGAAGGCUCUGGCUCUUGGAAAGACUAUGGUCGAUGCGCUAGACUCGUAUGUCAAGCUUAUGGGACAAUUCCGCAUGCCGACUGGCGACCGCAUCAACGACCCUGGGCUUGGAGCGGAGACUGUGAAUUGCUUGGUUGGCUGGGAUCCUGAUCAACCGGCCGAUCAACAAAGACCAUUGAAGAGGUUCAGGCGUCAAAUCUAG